AGGAGACGGCGGCCUGACUGCUUCGUUGCUGCGUGGUGGUGGCAGAUAUAACAAGACGCUGCUAGGGGAUAAGCUUGGCAAGUUCUCGGCGUCGCUGCUGAUGAACACCAUGCAUUUCGCGCUACAGGCGGGGCUCUCCAAGCUCAUCAUCUGCUUCCAGCCCAAGGGGCCCGAGGCCGCCGUCGACAUGGGAUGGAAGGACUACUUCAUGAGAGUCGUGCCAACUGCUCUCGGGACGGCCUUGGACAUAAACCUGAGCAACGCGUCUCUGGUGUUCAUGUCGGUGACGUUUGCUACUAUGUGUAAAUCAGCCUCCCCGAUAUUCUUGUUGCUCUUUGCUUUUGCAUUUAGGGAAGAAAAUGACUACCAUAGGUGUGAUCGCUGGUACCAGAGAUGGCCUUUCAUCCGAGAGCAUUUCUAGGUUUCUGUUGCCUCCUUUUGAAUGAGAGUUUGUAUUGAACUUAGUUAAGGACCAAUUACAUUAAUUACAAUUAAAAUAGGAGAUAUCACUGUAUUUCAUAUAGCAUAGCCUUGUGUUGAAUUUUAAUAAUCUAUCAUAAAAUUUUAUUG